GAGGGGGAGAGAUUUAUAAACCAGAGAGAUUUUGCAAGAGAAGAUUGUUACACGUAUAUACACACACACGAGAGCAGAGAGACAGAUGUAAGUACACCCAAUCACCCUCUGCGAUCUGCUUCAUUUCUGCACCAUCUGGCCUCCUUAAAUUCACUCACGAGUUGUUCCAAGGCACCCCAUUACCCCCAAACUCAACCCUUAACUCGCCCUGACUCGCAUUCACUCCACUGAGUUAACUCGGUGCGUCAACUUAUAGUACUUCUAGUGUAAUCGUUUUUGUGCCAUUGUUUGAAUUGAGUGAUUUUACUUGCUUAAAAGCUUGAAAUUCGAAGUGGGGUUUGGUUAAUUAUAGGAUAGGGGUGAUCUUUGGCCGGAAUGGUGGUUUUCCGGCAGAGUUGCCGGAGCUCCGACGAGGUAGAGGGGUGUGUGAUUGGUUGAAUUGAGUGAUUUUUCUUGAUUAAGAGCUUGAAAUUCGAAGUGGGGUUUGGUUAUUAUCGGAAAGGUGUGAUCUUUAUGCUGGAAUGGUGGUUUCCCGGCGAGCCAGUGUCGCCGGAGCUCCGACAAGAUUAGGGGGUAUGUGAUUGAGGCUUGAAAGAGAGAAAUGUUUAAGCCGGCGAGGUGGAGGAGUGAUAAGAACAAGACCAAAGCUGUUUUUAAGCUGCAAUUUCGCGCCACUAAGGUAUCAUGGUCAGGAGGGGAUACAUUGAUGAUAUCGGUGAUUCCUGCCGAGGGUGGGAAGCCAACUUCGAUAUUGGACAAAGUAAAAAUUCGAGAUGGAAGCUGUUACUGGGAGAAACCAGUUUACGAAACAAUGAAGGUCACCAGGGAUCCUAAAACGGGGAAGAUUAAUGAGAGAUCGUAUCAUGUUAUCUUUUCAACGGGUUUGUCGAAAUUUGGUCUUCUGGGUGAAGUUUCCAUGAAUUUUGCAGAUUAUGCUGUGGCCACAAAGCCUUCAACUGUAUCUCUUCCAAUCAAGAACACGAGAUUUGAGGCUGUCUUGCAUGUUACGAUUGAAAGGAUACAAGAUUCUGCUGGUCAAAGAGAAUAUGAAGAUGGUGAAAAUUUGAAAGAUGAUUCUAAGGAUCAGAGCUUGAGAGCACAUUUAAGCAAUAGUGACACGGAGGAAAAUAUCAAAACCAAAAUUUUGGAAGAAGGAUCAUUCAAUAACAUGAUAUCACAUGUUGCGGAGCUGAAAAAAAUUUGCAGGGAUUCUGGUAGAUCUGAUAGUACUUUAUCAAGUUCAGAAACCAGCUCUGGACACAAUACACCUCGAGUACUUGACAUGACUAGUGUCAGUACCACCAAAGAUGGUGGCAACUUCCUAUCUCCUCUAGGUCAUUCCCAGGUGACUCAGAGAUUAAACUCUGAUACCUUGGCAGAAAUCUAUGAUGAACAGCAGGGAUCACAAUUGGAAUGGUCAGGAGGUUCUGUUCCAGAUGCAAGCACAGAUGACUCAUCAAACAGUCCGCGUGAAGUUCUUAUAGAUGAGAGGCCUCAGGGGGCUCCAGAGAUCUUGGUCGAGAAGCUUAAAACUGAGGUUGUUGUUUUAGCAAGACAGGCAGAAGUUUCAGACUUAGAAUUACAGACUUUGCGUAAAAAUAUUGUGAGGGAGAACAAAAGGGCACAGGACCUUUCAAGAGAGGUUCUUAGCCUGAAAGAAGAGCGAGACUCAUAUAAACAAGAGUGUGAAAAAGCUAGAUUGCGAAACAAAUCGGAAUAUGAAGGAGGUGAUCCUCGGGCUCUUAUUGAAGAAUUGAGGCAAGAAUUGAACCAUGAGAAAGAUCUAAGUGCAAAUCUUCGUUUACAACUUCAGAAAACACGCGAGUCAAACAAUGAGUUGAUUCUGGCUGUGCAAGACCUAGAUGAAAUGUUGGAAGAGAAGAAUAGGGAGAUCCUGGACCUUUCUAACAGAUCGGCAACAACUCAAAAUUCCAAAGACAACUGGGAAACCAACUCCAGAUCCAGUGGCGAUCUUGAUGUAGACCAAAAGGCCUUGGAAAAGCUAGUCAUGGAUUACACUGAUGUCAAGGACUCUUGCAUGCAGGAGCAAAAGAUCAUUGACCUCUGUGGUGAAAUAGAGAUCUACAAGAGAGAAAGAGAUGAUUUUGAGAUGCAACUGGAGCAGCUUGCCCUAGAUUAUGAAAUCAUGAAGCAAGAAAACCAUGACCUCUCAAAUAAAUUAAAACUAAGCGAGUUGCAAGAUCAACUGAAGAUGCAGUAUGAUUGUUCUGAAUGUGCAACUUCUUAUACCACUAUAAAGGGCCUUGAAAAUAAGAUCUCAAGUUUGGAAAACGAACUAAAGAAACAGUCAAAAGAAUUUUCGGACUCUUUGCACAACAUAAGUGAUCUUGAAAAUCAUGUUAAAAGCUUAGAGGAAGAAUUAGAUAAGCAGGCACAAGUCUUUGAAGCUGAUCUGGGAAACAUUACUCGUUCCAAAGUUGAGCAGGAGCAGAGAGCUAUACGAGCAGAGGAAAAUCUGAGAAAGACACGAUGGCAAAAUGCUAAUACAGCAGAUAGGCUUCAGGAAGAAUUCCGAAGGCUCUCUGAGCAGAUGGCAUCUACAUGUACUGCAAAUGAAAGGCUAGCUACCAAGGCAUUGACUGAUGCUAAUGACCUUCGUCAGGAGAAAACUUAUUUAGAAGAAAUGCUGCGGCAAGCUAAGGAAGAGGUCCAGUCAGUUAAGGACCACUACGAAGCAAAGCUGGUUGAACUUUCCAGGCAGUUACAAUUGAAACUGAACCAAAUAGGAAAAUUGCAGUCGGAAGUUGAUUAUAAGUCUGCUGAGUUUAAAAAUCAAAGAAAGCACACCGAGGAAACUCAGAGAACUCUUUCGCAGAAAAUCUUGCUGCUUCAGUCCGAGAUUGAAAGGCUGGAUAGAGUGAAUAAUGUCUCCUCCAAACAAACAGAGGAGACUGAAACUUUAAGAGCUGAGCUAGAACAAAUGAAGGCAUCAAGUAGCAACAUUCAAUUACGGCUGGAAGAGGGGGCCGCUGAAAGAAAUAAACUGGAAAGCAUGGUAGCAUUGUUGAAGAUGGAAGCAGAAACUUUACAGGAAGAAUUGAACGUAAUGAGGAAUGCCAAGGACGAAGCAAAGUCGGUGAUUGAGAAUCUUCAAUCAGAGUUGGCAACCCUUAAAGUUCAGUAUAAUGAAUUGAAACUAUCUUCUACUGCCGAAGAGUUGCAGAAAGAAAAAUAUCAGAAACAGGUUAUUCAACUUAAAACUGAGCUAAAGAAGAAGGAAGAUGCAUUAUGCAGUGUAGAGAAGAAAAUCAAAGAUGGCAAUGGACGAGCACUAGUUCCAGAGGUAGCGAAAGCUAGAAAUAUUAAAUAUAUCCCUUCUCCUCCUACCUCUAAAGAGUUGGUAGACCUGAAAGAAAGAUUAAAAUUACUCGAGGGUAAAAUUAAGCUGAAAGAAGUUGCUCUGGAAAAAUCGUCAAACACAUUUCUUGUGAAGGAACAAGAUCUCCAAAGGAAGAUUGAAGAUUUAGAGAGAAAUUGCGAAAUUCUCAGAGAAAAUGCUACAACUUUCUGUGGCUACGAAUGCCAAAAGGUAAUUGAAGAUAGUGGGAACCUAAAUGCUGGAAUACGAGGAGCAGCAAUCUUAGGAGCUCAGGAUAUAAACACCACAAAUUGCUCAGCUGAGGAAAUGGGAUCUCCGCGAACAUUGACAGAAAGCAAUAACGGCAUUCCAUCAAAUACUGAAAUUAAAGACUCUGCUACGGAUUCAAGAGAUCAUAAAAACCUAGACAAAUUGUUGGAUGAAAUGGUUUUGCUCAAGGAGAAAAACCAAUCGAUGGAAUGUGAACUGAGGGAUAUGCAACAGAGAUAUUCAGAAAUAAGUCUCAAAUUUGCCGAGGUAGAGGGUGAAAGACAACAGCUUGUGAUGGCACUCCGCAACUUCAAAAAUUCUAACAAAAGUUGGUCCUUGUUUACCUGAACUCAUAGACGAAAGGGUACUCUAAUUGUGUCGAAAUGUAGAUCUUACAUUUCGUUGUACUUAACAAAAUCUCAUGUAUAUUGGUAAAAUAUGUUUCUUUCUCUUA